CGCGCUGACGUGCCGGGCGCCAUGUUGGAGGGCUGGUGGUAGCGGCUCGGGGAGGUUCUCGCUCUGUCGGUCUCGCUCCGUCUCUCGCUUCCUCCCCCCCGGCUCCCUUCGGGACGCCCCCCUCCCCGGUCGCCGGCGUGUGGCGGAGUGUGUGCGAGGGCGGGGGCGGGCGUCGGGGGGGCGGGCGCCGCGGCCCCCGGGACGGCGGCCGAGGGAGGCGCCGGCGGCGAGGGACUCCGCGGCGCCAUGGACGUCGAGAGGCUGCAGGAGGCGCUGAAAGAUUUUGAGAAGAGGGGGAAAAAGGAGGUUUGCCCCGUCCUAGAUCAGUUUCUCUGUCAUGUAGCAAAGACUGGAGAAACAAUGAUUCAGUGGUCCCAAUUUAAAGGUUAUUUUAUUUUCAAACUGGAGAAAGUGAUGGAUGAUUUCAGAACUUCAGCUCCUGAACCAAGAGGUCCUCCCAAUCCAAAUGUUGAAUAUAUUCCCUUUGAUGAAAUGAAGGAAAGAAUACUGAAAAUUGUCACUGGAUUUAAUGGUAUCCCUUUUACUAUUCAACGACUGUGUGAAUUGCUAACAGAUCCAAGAAGAAAUUAUACAGGAACAGACAAAUUUCUCAGAGGAGUAGAAAAGAAUGUGAUGGUUGUUAGCUGUGUUUGUCCUUCUUCAGAGAAGAGCAGUUCUAAUAGUUUAAAUCGAAUGAAUGGUGUUAUGUUUCCUGGAAACUCAGCAAACUAUACUGACAGGUCUAAUAUAAAUGGGCCUGGAACACCCAGGCCACUUAAUCGACCAAAACUUUCUUUGUCAGCCCCCUUGACAACAAAUGGUUUGCCUGAGAGCACAGAUAACAAAGAGUCAGAACUGCAGCCAAGUCAAGAGAAGGCCCACAGUGACUCUCCAGCAUCUGAACCAGAAGUUUCCUCACUGAGCCCUGUUAAAAAUAAACAUCCAGAUGAAGAUACUGUGGAGGCUGAGGAGCAUGAGGUGAAAAGACUGCGCUUUGAUAAAGAAGACGAAGUCCGAGAGACAGCUAGCCAAACGGUGUCCAGUGAAGGUUCAGUUAGAGCAGAGGAAGCUGAAGCAGCACCUUCCCCUCCAGAGAAGGACAGAGACAGUCGCAACAGGCAGCACUGUACAGAAGAGGAGGAGGAGGAGGAGGAGGAGGAAGAGGAAGAGGAGGAAGAAGAAUCUUUUAUGACUCCUAGAGAAAUGGUUCCAGAGAGGAAAAAUCAAGAAAAAGAAUCUGAUGACGCCUUAGCUGUGAAUGAGGAAUCUUCAGAGGAGGGUACUCACGUGGAGGACUCUGGUGGGUCUCCAGCUCAGAGAGACCCUCACUCGGAACUGAGUGACAUUGCAGGGGCUGUGAGUAGUGGUUCUGAGUGCCCUGAGACAGAAGAGCCAGGAGGGACCACUUCCAGGAAAACGGGAGAAAGUGUCUCCGUGUCAUCCAUGGAAAAUGAUGAAACCACAGACGUGACAGAUGAACCAAUGGAACAAGACUUAACUACUUAGAAACAUUUAGAGGCAGUAUUUUACAUACAGUUCUGGUUUUACACUGCAUAAAACUUUCAAGUAAUAAAGCGGACCUUUAGUUUUACAAGAGAAACAGGCUGCAAAAUAAAGAAACUUAAGAAUAAACCCUGAAAGAGUUUUGCAUCAGAGAGCUGUGAAUACUGGCUCCUCUGGGUCCUGCUUAUUGCUGAUUUUUUUGUUUUGUUUGGGUUUUUGUUUAUUUUUUUCCUGGUGUACUCAAAUCAGUGGUUUGUGUAUAGAUUUUUUUUUUAAAUUUUAGAAUUAAAGUUUUUAAACUGGAAGAGAAUUAUAAUUUUGAAAACUUUUUAAAGAUGAUCACAUUUGGUUUAUACAUACACAAGGAAGAUUUUUGUCUUGUCUCUAGCGGUUUCCAUAUUUCAGUCAUAGUUUGAACAUGUUAACAUGUGAACUAAAUAGGGUUUCAUGUGGUUUCAGAUUUUAUUGUUCAACUGUACAAUGGAACUUUAAGUCAUAUAUACAUAUAUAGAUUAUUCUAAGGGGGAUGUUAUAUUUUUCUGUUUCUAUAAGAGAUGACUACAAUGGAUACUUUUUUAUUGGGAAUGACUGAGUUCACUUCCUUCAGAAGACACUUUGUUUCUCUUCUGAGUAAUUGAGAUAAAAUCUGGCCCUGGAAAACCCUGGGAAUCCUUAAGUCUGUUCAAAUACCAGGUUAAACACAUUCCAAGAGAUAUGUGCAAACUAAAAUUCUUUUGUAUACUUCUAAGGUGCCUGAGGGGAAAAAAAGACUUCAUUAUUUAUGAGAAAAUGUGCUUUAUCUUGGGAGUUGCGCAGGAGCAUUAACUCACUGUUUGGUAGAGUGAAGUGCUUAGGAGGCUGACAGGAAACCAUCUCAGAAGAGCCCGCAGGUUCCCUGACGUUUCACUUGCUUUUCUGAACAUUGUCAGCAUCGUACCUUUCUUUCUGAAUGAAUCACCCUGUAUGCACAUGGCGGCACUGUGUGAAACAGCGUUGUACUGGAAGGAUUAGUAGGUUGCUUCAGUAAUGUACCUGAGCUAAAACCACUCAAGCUUUAGGGGUACACAGACCACCAUGAUUUGUACAUUUUGAAGUGAAUUAAUAUUUUUGAACAUGCUUCUUAGACAGCCAGUGUUAACAUUUUUCAGAUCAACACAAAGCACAAUGGUUAUUACUCUAAAUAUUUUCAGAUUCACAUAUUUAAAGUCAUGCAAGCUGCAACUUCCCUGUUAAAAUUACUGGCUGCCAAAUUUAUACCUGUUUCUUCGCUGUACCUUUUGAUAUUUAGAAUUUUUAAAUUUCUGUAAAGUAGAUUUUGUAGACUGUAAUGUGUUCACUGCCUUUGUGAAGCGGUAUAAUUGUAUAAUUUCGUGUGUAAACUGAAUGCUUGGGCUUUCAAUACAGUAUUCAUAUAAAGCAAUAAAUAUUAAUGUUAUGAAAUAUUCGAGUACAUUUUUAUCAAAAUACAAAAGAAUCCCCUUUUUAGUUUCAGACCCCUGAGGUACGCAGAUGGACUUAUAGUAGGUGAUACAGACAGCAUCUCACUGUAUCAUAAGCUUUGGGGGAUUUGGAGGAAACUACUUAAUUACUAUGACUAAAAAUACAAUAUUUGGCUCCGUUUGUUCAUAGAGUAAUGUACUACUGACUGACGACCUUCAGGUUCACAGCAGCUAGACAAUAUAUUUAUGGGUCUUUCGAAUAAAAUUGAAUUUUGAUUUACUGCACUCAAGACGGGUGAAAAAUCAGAUGUAAUUUUUUUAAAAAUUGGCAAAAUGUUAAAACGAAGCAAAAUUUGGAUGUGAAAUUCAUAUGUAGUGACCUGUUACUCUAUUUUGUUGAGGGAUUGAUAGUGAGAGCAGGUUUUAAACAUUGUAGGUUUAGAAACAGAUCCUUAGGGUAUUUAUGAGAUUGUUUUCAACAAGCCUGUUCCUUAAGCUCCUGUGACCUUUGAUAGUCUUUAUUUGUGGUGCCAUGGACCAUUUGUAAACAAAUCAGUUUGCUGCUGGUUAAAAGUUGAAGAUUUAGCAUCAUGAAUGGUGGUCUGUGGUUUCAUUUGUGAACUUGCAAUUGCUAUCUUUGCAAGGAGAAAUGUAUUUCUUUAUUAAAUAAAGUACAAUAAUGGUGAAUGUACCAAAAUGACAUCACUCAAUUCUAUGAGAGGUCUGCAUUUUAAUCUGUAGUUUAAUAGUUUUAAUAUUUAUUAGCUAUUCCUAUGUUGAUCAUAGAUGAAAGUUUGUGCUGUUUAUACAGAUACAUGUAGGAUACUGGUGGAAGGUUUCUAGGGCAGCUACAAUACUCAUUGCAUUGUUAAACCGUGUUCAACAGGCUGUAGAUGCAUUGUCCCCUUGGAAGCUCAUUUCCACAAUAUUGUUAGAUGCACUUACCCACAGACAUUGUGCAAAGAAAGCAUUUCUAACAUGAAUGGAGUAAUUUAUAAGGUUUAAAAGGCAAGUUUUAGGCACAUUUCCUUAAUGUACCCAGCAGAGUUCUAUGAGAAGAUCGAGGAGAAUCAAGACUUUGAUGACUGAAGUAGCUGGCCCUCUGAUUCUUACCGGUUUGUCCAUUCCCAGCCCUGACAUGUAAUAGGGUGGUGCCGAUGAGAAAACAGUAUACUUGGGAUUUGUUUUUGCCAUUUCCCCCUUUUAAAACGGGAAUGUGGCAGAUCAGAAACGAAUAGUGAAAAUAUGUUUUGAGUGUUUAUUAAAUUUAAUUCACUUACUGUUUGUCACAACUCCAGCCUUUCCCAUGCGUUGUCAGAGCAUUUGGAGUUAGUCAGGGAGCUGUAACUUUUGGCUUUGGAAAGCCAUCCCAGAAGUCUUAGGUUGGAAAGUCUGGCCGGUCUGUUAGAGCAUUGAGGUCACAGUGUUUUAUUUUGGCAGUGUAGAUAGGCAUGUAUUUAUGCAUUUGUAAAAUCAAUUUUUCAAAUAAUGUAUGUAAUGUACUAGUUUACUUAACGGUACUUGGGCAGAGCCUAAAGCUGCUGCAAUGUUUGAAUGUGAACUGCAAUGAGAGGACGGGAAAUGUACUGCAGAGCCAAAGCAAAUUAUUUUGAGUAGUGUUUCAAAUUAUCUUCCGAGCAGGAGUUUCUUACAAAAUGAAGGACAGUUCUUGAGUUUUGUGCUAAUCAUAAGAUGAAUGGAUGCAAAAAAAAAAACCACCUUGUAAUUUCAUAUGGAAUUAUGAAAAUUAGCUUGACUGGGUUGUUGGCCUAACAAGGAUGCUAGUAUGUAUUGGCUAGAAUACAUAUAUUCACAUUUAAAAAAUAAUCCGGACACCAGAAUUCUCCUUUAUUUCAACCUGGAGCCUAGAUCAUUUUGCCAAAUAAAUGUAUUUUCAUAAUGCAAUAAAAUGUAAAAUAGAA